GGCCCGCUGAAGUCAGCGGUGAAAUCACGUGAUCAUGGUAAACAUACAUGUACAAUUUGAUUGUCAGUUAAGAUAGAAAGUGAUAAUAUUGUGUGUGAAAUCUCUUCAUAUAAGUCACUGGUGACUGCUUUAAUAGCAUCCGUAUGAAUGGGAAUAAACUAACUGACAAUGGACGGUAUGUCUGGCAAGCUGCUGAUGCUGGCUCUACUGGUUUCGCUCGCAUUCCUCAUUACGUCAUCUGCUAGCAGCUAUAUUCGGUCCUGGCAGUCGAAGAACGCUGGAGAUUCAUCGGCGACCUCCGGAAUAUUGCGCUAUCCCGCGGGAAACGUGCGCGUUUUCGACAUAGAGGCGUUUUAUGAGACCUCCGACGUUGCGAAGUUUGCAGCAGAACACGAACAAGAUAUACUGGAUGCGCGCGCACACCGGAAGCGAGAGUGUGGGACCCUAGUGGGUGUGAGUGCUGUUGACUGCGAGGUUUGCGCCUUGUUCGUGAGUGGUGCACGUGGUCUCAUAGAGAAAGGAUCCACCCAAGCGGACAUCGUUCAGUUUGCAACCUUCACGUGCAUCAAACUGAAAAUAGAGGACGAUCGCGUGUGCAAGGCCGUUGUUCAAGAAUUCAAAGACGAGCUGUUCGGAACGUUGAUUGGAGUAACCUUGCAGGCGAAGGAAAUAUGCGGCUACGUGCUGGGCUCUGACUGUGGGGCACCCUACAACCCAGAGGCCAUGUGGAACGUCACCUUCCCGAACAUGCCCAAACCUCCCAUCACACCGCCACGGCCACCUAAGCCCGGGUCUCCAAUUUUGCGCGUGCUGCACAUCACGGACUUCCACUGGGACCAGGAGUACUCCGAGGGAGCUAACGCCGUCUGCGGGGAGCCGCUGUGCUGCCGGAAGGACGAUGGCCCUCCCGCUCCGGGCGUGGUGGGCGCGGGUCGGUACGGUGACUUUCGGGACUGCGACUCCUCCAAAAUAAUGCUUGACAGCCUGUUCUCCCAUCUACGCUCCAUACAAGAUCAGUUCGACUACGUGCUGUUCACGGGCGACAUCCCUCCGCACAACAUUUGGAACCAGUCACGUGACAGCCAGACGGACGCCAUGGACAAGUUCUCUGGGUACAUGCGUACCUACCUGCCCGACAAGAUGCUCUUCCCCACCCUGGGGAACCAUGAGAGCGCGCCCGUCAACAGUUUCCCACCAAUCUACAUUCAGGGUAACAACAGCAUCAACUGGCUUUACCAGGUAACCGCGGACAACUGGCGCAACUGGCUGCCACCGGACACCGCUUCUACCAUCAAAAAGGGCGGUUUUUACUCGGCGUCUCCGUUUCCAGGUCUGCGAGUGAUCUCCCUCAACAUGAACAUGUGUAACAACGGCAACUGGUGGCUCUACAUCAACGCCACCGACCCGAACGGCAUGCUUCAGUGGUUCAUUGACGAGCUGCAAAAUGCGGAGGACAUGGGACAGAAGGUGCAUGUGCUGGGUCAUAUCUUCCCCGGAUGUAGCUGCUGUCUGAAGCCAUUCAGUUGGAAUUAUUACAAGAUUGUCAACAGGUACGAGAGCACAAUUGUGGGACAGUUCUUUGGACACACGCAUGCCAUGGGAUACGAGGUAAUGUAUGAUGAAGAAACACUAUUGCGGCCCCUAGGGAUCGUUUACAUGCCCGGCUCCAUCACCACGUACUCUAGCCUCAACCCGGGAUUUCGCAUCUACCAGAUUGACGGCAACUAUACCGGAUCCUCGUGGCAAGUCCAGGACUACACGAACUACUUUCUGAACCUGACUUCCGCCAACCUGUAUGGUAACCCUGUCUGGCAGAAAGAGUACGGCGCCAGGGAAGCGUACGGCCUUACCUCGCUGUUUCCAAAAGACUGGAAUGAUCUCAUCUACAGAAUGAAGACGGACGACGCGCUCUUCGACAUGUUUUGCAGCCAUAUUUCCAAGUCCGCUCCGACCGACAAAUGCGACCGGAAUGCAACUCUGUGUGCUUUAAAAACUGGCAGGAAUGGAGAUCCGAACUUGUGCAAAGACUUGUAGCCCUUACCUUCCACGUCUUGUCUCACUCGGUACUAGCCGUCAUUGGGUGUUACUCUAGUAUCCUUGUGUCAGUUCUCAUUCCAUGUGCAAUUUCAACUUUAUUGAAUUUAAUCUAGUACUAUGUGCAAUAUUGAUAGUCUCUAUUACCAAAUAUACAUACGCAUAUAUGUAUUGAAUAUAUAAACAUUA